AUGUCAUCGGAGGAUCCUGCGGCCUUUAUUCAACUGCAAUCGCAGAUUGCGACGGUGAAGCAGGCCUUCAGCAAUGCUCUCGCCAGUGAGCUCAACCUUGUGGAGGUCCAAGCCCCACUUCUCUCGCGGGUCGGCGAUGGGACGCAGGACAACCUCUCCGGCCAUGAGAAGGCUGUGCAGGUGCAUAUAAAAAAUAUUCCAGACGCCGAGUUUGAGGUGGUCCACUCCCUUGCAAAGUGGAAGCGGCAGACACUAGGGGAGCACAAGUUUCCCGUUGGUCAAGGGAUUUAUGUCCACAUGAAGGCCCUUCGCGUGGAAGACGACCUAGACAAUGUGCACUCUGUCUUUGUCGAUCAGUGGGACUGGGAAUUGGUGAUGCCGCCGCAGGAGCGUAACUUGACAUUUUUAAGGAGCAUCGUUCAGCGCGUGUACGCGGCGAUGCUCCAGGUGCAAGAGCUCGCCUGCGCCAAGUUCAACGUGGCUCCGAUUCUUCCGGCCAGCAUUCAGUUUAUUCACGCGGAGCAGCUGCUGAAGAUGUACCCGGACAUGACCUCGAAGGAGCGUGAGCGCGCCAUUGUGAAACAGCACGGCGCUGUCUUCCUUAUUGGCAUUGGGGGCAAACUAAGCAGCGGUGAUCGCCACGAUAUGCGUGCGCCGGACUACGACGACUGGUCUUCCCCUGUUUCUGUGAGCGACGGUGGCUACACCACCGGCCACCCGACGAUGAAUUCCCUGGAGUCGCUGGCGGGGCUGAAUGGCGACAUCCUUGCGUACAACCCCGUGCUUGAUGACGUGCUGGAGCUGAGCAGCAUGGGGAUUCGCGUGGACGCGGAAACGCUUAAACGUCAGCUCUCCCUCUUGUCAAAUGAGGAUCGUCUGCAGUACGAUUGGCACAAGCGGUUGCUGGCCGGUGAGUUCCCGCAGACCAUUGGGGGUGGUAUUGGUCAGAGCCGCCUGGUGAUGCUGCUUCUGCAGAAGAAACACAUCGGGGAGGUCCAGUGCAGUGUUUGGCCGAAGAGCGUAAAGCUGGCCUACCCUCUUCUAUAA